GAAGAGCUGAAGAAACAUGUCUGAAGAAGAACAUUUCUAGUUCUAUUAUCAGAUGUUUCUUUUAGUGUAAACAAACAGGUAACAUUACAAGAUUUGGUCAGACCUAUUCAUGCUUUUUUGGGGCUGUAUGUCAUGACAUACAGUUUUAUGGCUAAUGCAGUUGUUGUUUGAGUCCAAAGAUAACACUACAGCCCCUUUUGUUCUAAUCUCUGGUUAACGUUGUUGAAGCUGGGGUUAUUUACUUUCAGGGUUUGUGGCAGACUAUUGUUUGCACAUGGUGGAGGACUUUACUCAUACUCACACUGAAUGACAAGAUUGCUGUGUACACAAACUGUUUGAUUAUAUCAGGCUUUACUGGCUAAACAUUUCAGCCUUCACUUGACUGGUCCAGAUCAACAUUUCCAUGGACUGUUGGACUACUACUGCAGUAGUUACAGUUGUUAUGCUCAACUGAUGCAUGCAAGUUUUGUAUGUUAAAAAUUUAAAGGACAAUACCCCAACAGCUGUGGUUGGGGAUCUAAAGAAUUAGGUUUAAUGUGGGAAAGCCAGUCGGUCACACAUGACUGUGUAAUAUUAUGACAAACCACAUGGGAGAGGCGAGAGAUCACAUGCUGCAAUCAGACCACAGACUUAUUUGAAAUGAUUGAAAAGAUGCAGGGCAACAGGAUGGAUGAGCAGAGAUGCACCUUUCCUCCCCCACUGAAGACUGAGGAGGACUACAUUCCAUACCCAAGUGUCCAUGAGGUGUUGGGCAGAAAAAGUCCCUUUCCUCUCAUCCUCCUGCCGCAGUUUGGGGGUUACUGGAUUGAAGGGACCAACCAUGAGCUGAGUGACACAGUGGACACAGAACAGUUGCAGCCUCUGUCCCCAAACACCCGCACCAAGCUGGAAUGUAACACAACAGCUACAAUCUACCGAAAACACUUCCUGGGCAAGGAACACUUUAAUUACUAUUCAGUGGACAGUGCCCUCGGACAUCUGGUGUUCUCUCUAAAGUACGAUGUGAUUGGUGACCAGGAACAUCUCCGUCUAAUGCUCAGGAACAAGCUGAAAACCUACCAUGAUGUGAUCCCUAUUUCCUGUCUGACAGAGUUUCCCAAUGUGGUCCAAAUGGCCAAGCUUAUCUGUGAAGAGGUCAACGUGGACCGUUUUUUUCCUGCUCUUUAUCCAAAAGCUUCAAGACUUAUUGUGACCUUCGAUGAACAUGUGAUAAGCAACAAUUUCAAGUUUGGGGUCAUUUAUCAAAAGUUUGGACAGACUUCAGAGGAAGAGCUGUUUGGCAACAGUGAAGAGAGUCCUGCCUUUGUAGAAUUCUUGGAGUUUCUAGGAGAGAAAAUUGAGCUGCACAAGUUUAAAGGUUUCCGUGGAGGGUUAGAUGUGACUCACGGGCAGACUGGCGCUGAAUCUGUCUACUGCAACUACCGCAACAAAGAGGUCAUGUUCCAUGUGUCCACAAAGCUGCCUUACACAGAGGGGGACACCCAGCAGUUGCAGAGAAAAAGGCACAUAGGGAACGACAUUGUGGCCAUCGUAUUCCAAGAGGAAAACACUCCGUUUGUACCAGACAUGAUCGCCUCCAACUUUCUCCACGCCUACGUUGUGGUCCAAGUGGUCAACCCCUGCUCUGACAAUGUUCUCUACAGGGUGUCAGUGACAGCACGGGAUGAUGUACCUUUCUUUGGCCCGGCCCUCCCAAACCCUGCUGUCUUUAUAAAAGGCCCUGAAUUCCAUGAAUUCCUUUUUACUAAGCUAAUCAAUGCAGAGUAUGCCUGCUACAAAGCUGAGAAAUUUGCCAAAUUAGAGGAACGGACGCGGUCGGCCUUGUUAGAGACCCUUUAUGAGGAGCUCCACGUGAACAGCCAGGCCAUGAUGGGUGUUGGAGGAGAGGAUGACAAACUGGAAAACGGGAGUGGAGGAGGAGGGGGCUUCUUUGAGUCCUUCAAGCGGGUGAUCCGCAGCAGGAGCCAGUCUAUGGAUGCCAUGGGUCUUGCUUUCAAGAAGCCACAAACAGUCUCCACUAGCUUCAGCGGCAGCUUUAACCACGACCCCGCAGAGAGCCCCAAAUUCUCAGGGAUAUCAUUGCUUGUCCCAGGCAAAAGUCCGAGUAAAUAUGGACGUCGAGGCAGUGCCAUAGGGAUAGGAACAGUAGAAGAGUCGUUGAUAAUCCCGGGGAAAAGCCCGACUAGGAAAAGGUCUGGUCCUUUCAGCUCCAGGCGAAGCAGUGCCAUCGGUAUUGAAAACAUUCAAGAAGUCCAGGAGAAGAGCAGUAGAGAGAACUCCCCAAAUACCCAGAAGACCCCUGACAGUGGUCAUGUCUCUCAAGACCCCAAAUCUGACAACUCAUCCAAUCAGAGCUCUCCCGAGGUGCUCACAACCACCAAGAACAGUUCUUGUCUCGGUGGUAGGGCCCCAUCCAUCCCUGAGGGUCAUGACCUCUCCCGCUCCUCCUCCAACGCUAGCAGCUUCGCCAGUGUGGUGGAGGAGAAUGAGACGGAGGCCACAGAGGACUAUGACACAGGCAUGGAGAGUCUGUCGUCUGCCGGGACACCACACAAGCGAGACUCCUUCACCUACAGCACCUGGCUGGAGGACAGCAUCAGCAGCACCAGUACCACCAGUCGCGGUACCUUCCCAGGGCCAGGAAAAUCUGAACGAGGGAAGGGGACAGACAUCCGUAUCAAACUGGAACGACCACACGAUCAUCAGUCCUCAUCAUUUGUGCAUCUCUGUGUGCAGAACUGUUAGCUCCACCCACCUGGUUGUAUCCUGGAUCUCCAUCUUCAGCAUUCCCAUAAGUUACAAUCCCUCUGGGAGAUGAGACAAGUGCAGGCAUUCGCCAUGACCAAUGAUGAGAAGGAGGAAGAUGAGAAAGAAAAGAAAAAGCAGGUGCAGCCUGGCCGGUCUGCUGCUCAGUGAGGGCCAGAGUGCAGCUAUCCAGAAACCUGGAGGACACUGGAGAGGAGGCCAGAAAGAGGGGCCAGCUUUUGCACAGUGUUGUUUCCUUCCACUUUUUUCUUUGCCUGUUCACACAUCUGUUGCCUAGUUGUAUGUUUUUACCACACCUUUUGUUUCAAAAGUGCACAUUUUUAUCUACAAAUUAAAUAGUUUUAUUUGGUAAAGAUGUGACUUUGGUUUAGUUUGUCUUGUUGAAGCCCAGUCUGCUGGCUAUUCAGGGUAAAGACAGUGCCAUUGUGCUCUUUGCAGAGAUUGUGAGAGCGACUUUUGCUGCAACAUAGAGAAGAUUAUUGCCUGGAUGUUUUAACCAAAUCAACAAAGGUCUUGGCUCAAUAAAGAUCUCUAAUGUAUACAUAAUGCCAAAUAUUCAGCAUCAAAGAUGGAUAUUUUAAUCUAAUAUAUUCAAAUUAAUUUUGAGGCACACUAGUUUCUUAAAAAAUGGUGGUGCAAUGCAGUUAUACGUCAGCACGAUGUGUAUUGUCUGCUAAUGUAUGGAUAUAUCCAUCAAUGACUGAUUUAACUGCUUUGUCUGUCUUGUCUGUUGGUGAGGAGACCAGUCUCUACAUUAUGUUCUGAGUUGCUUUUUUCUCUUCAAUAUAUGUUUUUAUUUAUUGAUUUGGUUCCUGUCGGAGUGGCAUUUAUGGCGUAUGGUGACUACAUUCAGCAUCCUGUUAUAUGCUUAUACUGUAUGUGUUGCUUUGGAGUAAAUUAUAAUGUUGUCAUCUGUAAAGCUCUGUCUAUUUCAAGGGUCACAUCUCUGUCAGUGCAGUAAAUUUGCAAUGCAAUUAUAAUAAAACAGUGAACAUUUAUUUGCUUUUAAUGUGAGAAAAUAACUCCAAAUACAACUACUGAUUUUGUAAAUAGAUAUUUAGUUGGAGUACGUAGUGUAUAAUGUAUAGGCCAUUGAUUUAAAAUGGUAUUGACCAACACCUUGAAAUUACUGCCAAGUUAACAAUUUAUUGUUGUUUUAUUUAUUUUUUCUUUUAUUUUAAGAGGGUUUUCUAGAAGAAAAUUAUUUUAAAAGCCAUUCAGACUGUUCUGUAAAAGGGAAAUCUCAGUACAUGCUGAUCAUUUGAAUUGCCUUAUCAUCACAAACUGAUGGUGUAAGUACAGAAGAAAAUAGUUAAUAGCCAGCAGGAUUUACAAUGAAAUGUAUGUAUGUUGUUGUUGUUUUUAUUGUAAAUAAACGCCCUGAGAACUUUA